CAGCUACGAGAAUAAGAAGAACCAAGAAGGAAGGUGUCGCUCUACGCGGAAUAAAGACGCUAUAAAUUACAACUUAUUUACCAAUGCUUUCUUCUUCAACCACUCGCAUCUUCAUCCACACAACAACUGCUAUAAGAUUAGCUUCUUCCACCUCUUCUUCUUCUUCUUCUUCCUCCUCUCUUCGAUUCCUCUCCAACCCUACCCUCUUCCGCCCUGUUUUGCACGCUUAUUUCAAACCGCUUCCUUCAACCUCGUCCACCUCUUUGUUCUCCUCCUUGAGAACCGAUCACACUAUGGCCACCUCAAGCGCCAAAUCAGUCCACGAUUUCACUGUUAAAGAUGCUAAGGGAAAUGAUAUUAAUCUUGGUGACUACAAAGGGAAGGUCCUUAUAAUUGUCAACGUUGCCUCACAAUGUGGCUUGACUAAUUCGAAUUACACAGAGCUGAGUCAGUUGUACGAGAAGUACAAACAAAAAGGUCUGGAGAUUCUAGCAUUCCCAUGCAAUCAGUUUGGGGCACAGGAGCCUGGAUCUAAUGAACAGAUACAAGAGUUUGUCUGUACUCGCUUCAAGGCUGAGUUUCCCGUGUUUAACAAGGUUGAUGUGAAUGGUGACAGUGCUGAUCCACUCUACAAGUAUCUAAAAUCAAGCAAAGGUGGACUCUUCGGGGAUAAUAUCAAAUGGAACUUCUCCAAGUUCCUUGUUGAUAAGGAGGGGAAGGUUGUUGAUCGCUAUGCACCCACAACUUCUCCUCUGAGCAUUGAGAAGGACUUGUUGAAGUUGUUGGAUGCUUGAAGCUAUGGAUGACUGCAUCUGUCAAUAAAUGAGUAGAGAUUAGAACAUAAUUAUAAAUAAGAAAAGUGUUGCAGAUGUUGUUGCACUUUCCUGUCUUUCUUACAUAUGCUGAAACAGUUGCUCUUGUACCUCAUAUUAUGUUCAUAACCAUGACAUUGUCUACUUAAACUUAAGCUUUCUAUUAAUUGCUCUCAUUACAUUGCUCUUAA